UCUAUAAAUAUUAAACUUAAGCAAACCAACCCUCACAACAAAACAAAAAACAGAGUGCUCUGUUUUGUUCCUAUUCUGUCCCCAUGAAACAGACUGCUCUGUUUUGUCUCUUCUCAUCAUCCAAUAUGGAUAUCAUCGUUCCUCUGUUUUCUCUCUUGAGAGCAACACUCACUGCUUCUCGCUUCUUGUUCCCAAAACUCGUCUCUUUCGAUUAAACAGAAACCCUUUGCGUCCGACACAUUUCCCGAUGGAUUCGAUUCAGUUUCACCACAUAAAGCUGGAGAAAUCGAGAAAAGUCACGAACUUCACGUCGAUGCGGGCCUUCACGAGCUUGUUCCGGCUCAUUGAACUCCUUCUUCUUCUUGUAUUGGUCUCGAAGCUCUACUUCCGGAUUCCGGUGGCCGUCAAAUUCUCCGGCGACGCUUUCCGGGAAGCCGCCGUUUUCCUCGUGAGCCCGAGGUUCGUGUUCGUUCUCGGGAACGCGAUAGUGAUCACUCUCUUCGCGAAAUCAGGGCGUUACUCGGGUGGUCAUGACCCUUCAAACACAGCGGCAAUGGUCGAUGUUUAUCAAGAGCUCAUCAAAAAAAGCGAGAAGAGAUCCGAAAUGGAACGUUACGAGAUCAAUAAGAGGGGAGAAGAGAGGAGAUUGGUCGAAGAGAAAAGGGUCGAGCGAAUCUGCAGGAGAAUUCAGUCGGAGAAAUCUUUCGAGGCAGUGAAACCGGAGGCACGUGGCGGGAAACUGAAGAGGUACGAAUCGGACAAGUAUCUGAGGAUCUGUGAUUCCGACAAGGAGCUGGUGAAGUGUUCGUACCCAGAAGACGGUAUGAGCAAUGAAGAGUUUAGGGACAAGAUCGAAGCUUUCAUUGCGAGGCAGAAGAGGUUUCAGAAGGAUGAAGAACACUUUGUAAUUUAGUGUCGCUUCAUCAGUGAAUAUAAACUUUUCUUUACUUUUUUUUCACUUUUUUUAAAAAAAAAACAUUACUAAUUACCCUUUGUAACUUUUUCAAGGCCGUGUAUAUUGAAAAGUCCGCACAGUUAUUUCAACGACUA